AUGGAAACUACAAAUUCAGCAAACCAAGAAAGACAACAACAUGAAACUUUAAAAGAUGAUCCAACAAAUACCAGCAGUGGAAAAGAAUUCAUAGCACAUAGUAACAAACCACAGCCAAAUGGACACAAUAAUCAUCACGUUCACCAUAGUCAUCAACAUCAACAACCACAACAUCAUUAUCAUAAAGAGAAUCCCCAUCAACAACAGCAAUUACAACCACCAAAAGAAAACCCACAAUCAGAACCAAAUGUACACCAACCAGUUAUCACUUCACAAAUGCUCAGUAGUAUAGUUCAUAAUGUUUCAAAUAUGGAGCAUAUACAAUAUAAUAACUAUGAUAUACCGUGGGGGUCAAAGAGUGUCGAAACAUAUGAAAAAAUCGAACAAAUUGGUGAAGGUACUUUUGGUCAGGUUUAUAAAGCAAAACAUAAAGAAACUGGCGAUAUUGUUGCAUUAAAAAAAGUUAUUAUGGACAAUGAAGUGGAGGGCUUCCCAAUUACAGCAAUUAGAGAAAUUAAAAUUUUAAAGGAAUUGCACCACCCAAAUGUUAUACAUUUAAGAGAAGUUGUUACAUCAAAAGCUAGCACAGCAAAUAACCAAAAGGGAAGCGUAUAUAUGGUAUUUGAAUAUAUGGAUCACGAUCUAAAUGGUUUAAUGGAUAGUCCAGCUUUUAAAUACUUCUCACCACAACAAAUUAAAUGUUACCUAAAGCAAUUGUUAGAAGGUUUAGAUUAUUGUCACAGAAAUAAUGUAUUGCACAGAGAUAUCAAGGGCUCCAACCUUUUGUUAAAUAAUAGUGGUAUUUUAAAGCUAGCUGAUUUUGGUCUCGCAAGACCCUUCAAUAGUGCCGAUAAGAGAAUGACCAAUCGUGUAAUUACUCUUUGGUAUAGACCACCCGAACUUUUAUUGGGAGGGUCUCAUUACGGCCCUGAAAUUGAUAUGUGGUCUGUUGGUUGUAUUAUGGCAGAAUUACUAUCAAAGAAAACCCUGUUCCCAGGCAGAAACUCUAUCGAUCAAUUAGAUAAAAUCUAUCAAAUCUGUGGCUCUCCAAAUACUCAAAACUGGACCGAAGCCUCUGAUCUGCCAUACUGGGAAACUUUAAAACCAAAAAGAGAGUACCCACGUCAAUUAAGAGAACAUUACCAAAGCGAAAAUAAAUUAUAUUUUACAAAAGAAGCAUUUGAUUUAUUAGAUAAGCUUUUAUGUAUGGACCCUAAAAAAAGAAUAACGGCUUCAGAGGCUUUAGAUAGCGCAUACUUUUGGACCGAGCCAUUACCAUGUAACCCAAAAGAUUUACCACAAUAUCCCUCAUGUCACGAAUAUAGAAACAAAAAGAGAAUAAGACAACAACAACAACCACAACAAGGCCAACCAGCUCAACAGCAAACAAACCAACAACAAACACAAAGCGCAAAUUUAAAUCUACAACAACCACCUCCACCAAACUACCAAGGCGGACAUCACCAACCAAACUAUCAAAACGGAAAUACAAAUAUAAAUUAUAAAAAACAAAGAACCGAUAUAAACUAUCAAACAAACCAAGGUGGCCCACUACAACCACCAGGCUAUAAUGGCAAAGCUCCAUAUGGUUCUCAAUCAAAUCCCCCUUCAAAUCAAUUUUCCAAUCAACAAAAUAAACCCCCUGCAAACAGAAUACCCUCAAACCAGCCAACUCAUAAAAAUUUUCCACAAAACAGACCACAACAACAACCAAACCAACAUAGAUAA